AUGGUUACAAGAAUAGUGCAUGAAUGGUUAACAUACAUAGCUUCAAAAGUUUAUGGAAAACUCAGCUUAGGAAUAUCAGCAGAGGAACCAAACAUUCCUAUUGCUGGUACUACUUUAAGAUCACGUCGAUCAAGAGUAGACUUUGUCUUUAUAACAAAUGAAUCACAAGAGAUACCAAAUGUGUCUACGACAUCACAAGAACUUCCAUCUUCAUCCGCUUCUCCUACUACUUUAACAGCGCAUAGUAGUGAACGUUCGAAUUCACUACGAUCUAUAGUUAUUCAAUAA